CUCAGUGAAAUACAGCAGCAAACUCUGACUGCAAGACCCUCCCCGGUAGUUUCCCUUGCCGUUUCCCUGCCGCUGCAUCUGGAAGCAUACAGAGGACAAUAAAAGAAGAGAAGAGGAGCUGCCGGAACGAUGGAGAAGAAUCAAGGAUCUCCUCAUCAGUACGGUUCACUGGCGCGCACUGAGUGGACCAGAGACAGCGACAAACAAGGGGAUGACGUGGUGUCCAUGGCAGACUCCACCAUCACCGUGGACGACAUUGAGGGGGAACUUUUUAAGAUUGAGAGGAUCAGGGACGUCCUGGUCAGGAGGGAGUCAGAGCUGAGAUACAUGAUGGAUGACAUUCAGCUAUGCAAGGAGAUUACACGCCUAAAGAAGGAGCUGCACAAAUUAGUGUCCAUACCAGAUAAUGACAAGUCCAAUGAGGACCGGCAGAAGGAAGAAGAACUAUUGCAGCAGAUCCACAAGCUCGUUGAGACCAGAGAUUUCUUGGUGGACGAUGUGGAGUUUGAACGACUCAGGGAGAAUGAAGAAGAUAAAGAAAUGGCAGAUUUCCUGAAGUCCAAAUUCCCCAAAAAUAUUAGGAAGACAGGUGUACCAACCAGACGGGUGCCAUCCAGGGCUCAGCAGGCCUCUUCUCCCUUCACCAAGACAGGCCUCACCCUCCUGAAGGAGUGCUGUGGCUUCACAUGCUCCAUCAUGUAGCCUGGAGCCCAAAAUGCAGGGCCCCACUCCAGGGCUGACAGAGCGGCCACACACCAAAAUGGCCAUUCCACAGGAGUCUAUAUUUCCAGUAUCAGUUUUUCAGUCCAAGAAAGACUUUCAAGCAUGGAUGGAGCACUUCCAGAUGCGAGCUGAGAAUUUCCCAGAGUGAGAACAAAGGAUGUUGCAAAGAUCAUGUGGUGUGUUUUCAUGCCAAGACCCAAGUUCGUCUCGUGUUGGAUCUGUUUGUCACUUCCAUUGAAUUUUAUCUGUCAUUUUGUCUUCCUCCCAUGUCUCUGCUCCUGCUUUCAUUUUUACUCUUGUUAAAUAUCACUACUGAGCCAACUUCUUCUGAUCAACAAUUUCCAAAAAGAGUAAACAGCAUACAGGAUGGUUUUGGACAGGAAAGACACCAUUUGAAGGAAAGAAACAGAAUAGCACAAGUUAGCACAAGGCAUGGAUAGUGUACACUAACACUAAUUGGAUUGAGACGGCGGCACUGAGCUGUAUAACUGAGCUAUAAUAACUGUUAUUUCCAAAAAAGGAGCUGUUUUGCAAGAGUCAACAGGCCAUUCCAGACACACUUUAUCAUCAGUAUUAAGGAAAUAAAACUAAUGAUACUGACAUUAAUCGGGAGCUGUGUCAGGAUGAAGUUGCCUGUUUGACUCCAGAUCCAAAUUGGUACAACCUUUUGAAAAGUGGUUGUUCGUGAAGAAAGUCUCAUAACGCUUGAUUUUGCUUUAGUAACAGUUACCUAAUAUUGACUAAUGUCUGUUUUUUUAUUUGAGUGUUUCUUUUGCUAACCCACACUAGUCAUUGUGUUUUAC